CUCGGCUUCGGCGUAAAGAAAAUGGUCGUAAAUAACCUUUUUAAAAUAAAAUAUAAAAUGUGACAUUUUUAAGUUCAAACGGGUUUUAAGUCUUAAAUAUUUGUGAAUAUUUUCACUGAAGCAAUGGGUCUCGACUUUGACGUUCUGGAGUUUUGUCGGAAGCUGCGUACAUCCAACAAACCCCCUUAUACAUGUCCUGUAGUGGAGUGUGGAAAAUCUUACAAGUCCAUGUGUGGACUGCAGUACCACUUGGUCAACUUUGACCAUGAUACAAACUCUGCGGCCAUUGUGCCACCUUCUCCGCCUGAAUCAGUCGAGUCACUUGUCUCCACGCCUGCGACACCGUGUACUCCUCCUCCAGCCAAAAAACGGAAGAAGAGUCAUCAUGGAAGAUGGAGCCACACACCUAAGUUGAAGACUCCGCUAAAGGUGGUUGAACCUAUAUUGACUCCACCAAGAGAAGGUCUGACUUAUGCGGAGGCUCAGAAACUGGUUGAAUUUGAAGUGAACGGAAGAGUACACCGUAUAAACAUUAGUGAUACAAUCAGCAUUAUCUCCAAGAAGGAAUUAGAGAAUCAUUGUGACAGCAUGGCUAUAACAGAAAUCUCCCAAAGUGUGCUUAGCUUAGCCAAGAGCCAAGAAGCAGUUACCAAACUUCCAGAACCAUGCUUCAAAGUCCUAGACAAUUACAAAAUUGCAGACGCUGCACAAAUGCCCAAUUCAUACGUCAGAUUCAUAGAGCGUUCUGCUGAAGAGAUGGAUGGAGAAGUAGAGUAUGACAUGGAUGAAGAAGAUGCUGCAUGGUUAACCAUUAUCAACCAAAAGAGAGCAGUGCAGGGAGUUCCUGAAGUUUCAAUUGAUACUUUUGAACUGUUAAUGGACCGAUUGGAGAAGGAAUCAUACUUUCAGGUGUUUGACGUCAACAGCAAGAUGCAGAACAAAGGCACAGGAGAGAGUGCACCUGCUGUGAUUGAUGAUGACGCGGUUUGCUGCAUCUGCCUGGACGGGGAGUGUCAAAAUUCCAACGUCAUCCUUUUCUGCGACAUGUGCAAUUUGGCCGUGCAUCAGGACUGCUACGGAGUCCCCUACAUACCUGAGGGCCAGUGGCUUUGUAGACGGUGCUUGCAGUCACCCUCAAGAGCUGUGGAUUGUGUGUUGUGUCCCAAUAACGGAGGAGCCUUCAAGCAGACUGACAGAGGCCACUGGGCACAUGUUGUGUGUGCUCUCUGGAUCCCAGAAGUGCGAUUUGCUAACACUGUGUUUUUGGAGCCUAUAGACAGCAUUGAGACGAUCCCCCCGGCCCGGUGGAAGCUGACGUGUUAUAUUUGCAAACAGCGAGGAGUAGGAGCUUGUAUCCAGUGUCAUAAGACCAACUGUUACUCAGCCUUUCAUGUGACCUGUGCUCAACAAGCAGGACUGUUUAUGAAAAUGGAUACAGUCAGGCACAUCAACACAGUGGGUUCGGAACCCGGGCCUGUGAUGGUGCAGAAGACGGCAUAUUGUGAAACGCACACACCCCCAGACUGCGAGCCGAGGCCUCGUCCAGCCAUCACAGGAGCUGAAGAACAUCGCAGACUACAACUAGCUAAGAAACGCAGUUCAGUCCCCGUCAUAUCAAUCCCCACCAUUCCCCCUGACAGGAUUCAAGAGAUAGGAUCUUUGGUGACAUUGGCAAAGAAGAGUCAGUUUCUGCAGCGCCUGAUUGCCUAUUGGACGCUGAAGCGGCAGUUCCGCAACGGAGUACCUCUUCUGCGCCGACUUCAAAGCUCUCACCUUGCGCGAAGUCAACAACCUGCGUCAACCCGAACUGCUACCAGUGACAUAAGUGAACUUUAUCGCCAACUUAAAUACUGGCAGUGUUUGCGUCAAGACCUGGAGCGUGCGAGGCUUCUGUGUGAAUUGGUGCGCAAAAGGGAGAAAUAUAAAAAUGAAUUGGUCAAAGUCAAAUCUCAAUGUGUGGAGAUGAAACUUUGCCCAUUGGAAUGCUUUUUGAGAAAGUUGUUGGAUUUACUCCGCGCACGAGACACUGGUGAAAUAUUCAUUGAGCCUGUGGACCAAACUGAAGUCCCCGAUUAUGGGGAAGUCGUCAAACAUCCUAUGGAUCUUUCCACUAUGAGGGUGAAGGUGGACAACUUUGAAUACAGUUCUUUAGAAGAAUUUGAGGCAGAUUUUCAUCUGAUGAUUGAUAACUGUUUGGCCUACAACAGCAAGGACACAGUGUUCUAUCGGGCAGCUCUCAAAAUGAGGGAUCAGGGAGGAGUCCUGUUGCGCCAAGCAGCACGGGACCUAGAGGCCAUGGGAUUAGACCGAGGAUCAGGUUUGUCUUUAGAGAACCACAGUCCUAUCAAGGUGCCAUCAACGCCAGUAGAAGAGACAAUACCUGCAGAGAUAGACAAGCAGUUGGCUGCCGUGGCAGAUCCUAACAACACUAUGGGAGAAGACGAGAUCAUGUGCAAAUUGCUUCAGCUUCUUGAUAGUUGUCAAAACCUAAAGCAUGGAACAGCACGAGCACGACGCAUCAAGAUGGUUAAUGCAGAGAUCGCAAAACUCAAAAAGAAGUCCUCCUCUGAAACUAAUUACAACAAACUUUCAGGCAAACGAGAAGCUCCAGACUCUGGAGAAUCGUCAGAUGAAGAACCUACCAACAAAUCUAGCCCGAAUGUGGAUCAGAAACAGAGCAACGACAACCUUGUCAUGCCAGCCAAGAGACCGAGAAGGAAGAAGACGUGGGAUGAUUUUGUGGAAGAACCGAUAACAGGGAAACAUGAUAGGUCUCAGUCUAUGAUAUCUACAGUUCAAGAAGGGAUAAAAGGUCCCGGAACCCCUAGCAAACAGGGAAUUGGAGAGAACCACAAUACAACUAGUCCAUCUGGAGUCAAUCGUAGAACAGCUGUUCUGUUCACUCGCAAAGCUGCUGCUGCUACAAGUAAACUACAAAAAACUGAUGACCUUGCCAACCCAGCUGGACAGAGCACUCCCCCUGUAAGAAGAAGAGGUAGGCAGCCAAAGAAACACCUACAGAACUCUGGUUUGUUGGAUUCCAGCACAGAAACAGUAACAAUGUCCAGUUCAGUACAACCAACAAAGGACAGCUUCAGUGUCUAUCGCAGUGGAGGAGACAUCCGUGGAGAGACAGAUGAAGAAUCACACUCAGAUGGGGAGUCGAGCUGCUCAGUUUGCUCGUCCAGUGAUGAGUCGAGUGGCAGCGGCAGUGACAGCGGGAGUAGCUACGAGAGUGACUCUGACGAGUCGGUAGUCUCGGCCUCCGUCCCAGCUGAGAGUGAAGCCUUGGAACAGCUACAGCUGGUGUGGGCCAAAUGUAGAGGAUACCCUUGGUACCCUGCCCUGAUCAUAAACCCUAAAAUGCCUCGAGGUUAUGUUCACAACGGUGUGCCAAUUCCCUCACCGCCAGCAGACGUACUUGCUCUAGCCAACAACUAUACAGAGCCUGUGUACCUAGUCCUGUUCUUCGACACGAAACGCACUUGGCAAUGGUUACCACGAAACAAACUGGAACCAUUGGGCGUAACUCCAGAACUCGACCAAAUCAAGCUUGUAGAGUCACGUAAACCAGCAGAUAGAAAAGCUGUAAGAAAAGCUUAUCAAGAAGCUUUAACUCAUCGAACUCAAGUUGAUAAAAAAGAAGAAGAAUCUAAAACUGAGGACGGAAAAUGCAGUGCCAAUUAAAUGUCAGUAACAAUAUGAUUAGUGACAUUUAAAAUAUUAGGGAUUGUAAUUCAAAUGCUUCUGCCUCAGAAAACCUGCAGAUUAAAAAAAGUUUCCAUUUGCCUGAUUAGAUUUUAACACUAAUACAGGGUGCAGCAAAAUACUGAUCUAUUUUCUGCAGCACACUGUCCAACGACAGGUUGUCUGAGGGUGUUGUGGAAAGGCCCGUUGGAAAGCCUAAACACUGCCAUUAUCUGUAGUCAUAGAACAGUGGUCACCUGAGCUAACUAUGUUUGUCACUGAGUCGUUUAAAACGACUAAUGAUUCGGUCAUUGCAACUCAGCUGUAGUUCCGUGCAUUCUUUCAUUAAGGGCAACAUAGAACGGUUCCAUUGCGAUUAUCUGUUUGGAUAAUCAACAAAAUUAAACAGAUUAAUUCAAAUUAUUCUUUUUGGAUGAAAAUUAAAAUCUAACCUCAAAAUUUGUGUAACUGAGCUAUCAGACAUGUUCAAAGCAACCGCUUGUUUUCAGGCGGGCCUACAAAGUCUGUUUUCCACAGCAGCACGAACUCUAUCAAAUGUUAGUUGUCUGGCGUCUGGUCUGACUGUGGACUGUCACUACAUUUUGAACGCAGAAGCCUUUGUUCUAAAGUUAGUAACCCACCGCAUGAUUGUGCUACGCGACAGAACUUCUCGAUGUCACCAUAAUUAAAAGAAUGCAUAAACUGCCACUGAGUUGCAAUGACUGAAUCAUUACAUUUUAAAUACGACUUGAUAACAAACACACGUAGCUCAGGCAACCACCGCUCUAUGACUAAAGAUAAUGGCAGUGUGUAUGCUUUCCAACGAGCCUAACCCCACCACCCUCAGAUGACCUGUCGCUAAACACUGAACAGAAUGCUGAAGAAAAUAGAUUGGUUAUUUUUCCGCACUCUGUAUAUCCUAAAAAAAAUGUACAUUUCUCAAAUCAAAAGAGAAGCUAUUAAUCUGAAUAGGUGGUUUGCGCGAAUCAAAUUAGUUUGUAGCCUAGAUAAUUUGACCAUGUUGUUUAUUAGUAAAUUACCUUAGUUUAUUUAGCUCCCUUAUUUGGUUUACAUAACUUCUUUGUUGGUGAAAGUGAUGACACUAUUGUAAAUACAAAUAAGACUUUAAGUGUAAAUCAGCCCACUCACUCACUAAGUAUUUUAUACUGGUACCUAUGCAUGUUACUAUUUAAUAACGUUAGUUUGAUAAUUGUUUUGUUGUACAGUAAUAUUAUUUAUUUUUUAACAUCUCUUUGUAACGUUUUAUUCUAUUUUAUUUUACAAAUGACCCUCUGAUUUUGCGUUUCCUUGUUAUAUCAAGCAUCAAUGGUCAAUUAGUCUUGUGCAGAUUGGACUCUAAACCUCCCAUUAGUCUGAGUACCUGGGGACCGAGCUUUGCUUGGGAAAAUCAUUAGUAUAUUCUAGAGCUGUGUGGUAUAAAAUAUCCCAACUUAUUUUAUCUUUUAAUGUUUUAAUAUGUAUUUAGGAUUUUAAACAUAGUAAAUAUAUGAUACCUCUGCUGAUGCAGAUGUGUAGACUAAGCGAAUUUCCAAUUGUUUAGUUAGAUUCUUACUAAAUAUUCCUGAAAAUUGAUUGAUUUAUUUUCUCUUUAAAUCAUAUUGAUUUUAAUGAGUAGGCCUACUUAAGUUUUAUGCCUCAGGGAAGGUUAUAAAGUGUGUGUUUUUUUUUUGUUUUUUUUAUUGAAAUGUUAAUAAC